AUGGACCGCAAUUCUAUCUCACCAGAGGCAGACCAGAGACCGCUUGUGCUCCAUCAUGUGGCCACGGCUACCUACGCUACCUUGCUCGUCUCUGCCCAGAGUCGUGCAUGGACGCGAGCGGAGAUACUCCGGGAGGCCUUCACGAGAGCGCUUGUCGAUCCCCAGGCUGCUCCUGCCGAGUCUGCCACCGAAAGCUACGCGACCCAACUCGGUCUGACCGCUGCCAGCUCAAUCGACACUCUGUUGGGCGAUGCACCUCCUUCUGUCACACCCGCCCAGAUCGAGGCGGCAUCAUCCAGUGCGACGACGGAGGAGCAAGAUCAAGCGCGCAUGCUCGCACAGGCUUCAAAGGAGAAUGCAAUCGUGCUGCACGCGCUCUUUUUGCGCUUCAUCGCCCACCAAGUGCAAAAGUCAGCCGAUGCACUGACGAACGAGCUCCUACUGACUGGUCUGGCAUCUUUCAUCGAUGCUUACCUGUGCCCUAAAGGCACGCCGCCUGUCGCUCUUCACACGCUCGUCAGCACGCUCGAUGCACCUCGUCGUCAGGCUGUGUUGCGCGCGUUCUACGAAGCGCGUCAGCUGCUUCAAUCAGACUCGGCUUCUCAUGCUGCGCUAUCCCGAGAACCUUCGAGUCGACUCUGGCAAGCCUCAUCCAAGGCUAACAUCUAUGCCGUCUUUGGCGGUCAAGGCACUAAUGAGGUCUAUUUUGAGGAGCUUCAGCUCAUCUAUGACACCUAUCGCCCACUCGUACAAGAUUUGAUUGAGCAAGCCAGCCAGACACUUUGCAAACUAAGUCAAGCCCACCAGAAGCAAAGCUUGCUCUUCGUCGAGUCACUUGAUGCUCACAGCUGGCUGCUCGAGCCGGCUACACGACCGCCCGUGCCUUAUCUUGCUUCUUGCGCUGUCUCGCUCCCUCUGAUCGGAUUGACUCAGCUCGCGCAAUAUGCUGUCACUGCCAAAAUCCUCAAUCUGUCGCCUGAUCAGAUGCUGGCGCGCCAGGACGAUGCUACGUCUGGCAUACUCGGCUUGACGGGUCAUUCACAAGGCGUAGUAUCAGCUACUGUCACCGCUAUGGGAGGCUCGUCCUGGGCUGUAUGGACGGAGAACGCCCUCAAAGCAUUGGAGGUGCUCUUCUUCAUCGGUCUCAGAGGCUCGGAAGCGUUCUCGCCCGCUGCUUUGCCGCCUGCUCAGGUGCAAGAAUGCAUCGAUGCUGGCGAGGGCGCGCCUACACCUAUGCUUGCGGUCACCGGGCUCGAUCUCAAAUCGCUGCAGAAGCGUAUCGAUGCUACAAACAAUCUACUCAAGGCGGAGAACGAUCGACCGGCCCCUGAUGGCUCUGCCAAAGUCAAGCGAGGCCCAGUCGCGAUCAGCCUUUUCAAUGGUAUCCGGGCUUUCGUCGUCACGGGUCCUGUUGCAAGCCUCACAGGUCUCGUCGCCUCUCUUCGCAAGGCAAAGGCAGAGCAAGGCAAGGAUCAAAGCAAGACGCCCUUCUCCAAGCGUUUGCCGGUCUUCUCACUUCGUUUCUUGCCGAUUGGCGUGCCGUAUCACUCGGAUUAUCUCGCUGGCUGCACUGCUCAAGUCGUGCAGGCUGACCUGGGGCACUCCGAGCACCCUGCUUUCUGGCAAAGAUCAAAGCUACGUGUGCCUGUCUUCAAUACCGAAACGGGCAAAGAUCUUCGAGAGGGCUCGCCCGACGAGAGCCUGCUCGAAGAGCUCUGUCAUCAGAUCUUCACUGCUCACAUUCACUGGACCAAAGCCACUCAUUUCCCCUCGACCUGCUCUCAUGUCAUUGACUUUGGUCCAGGCGGUCUCUCGGGCAUCGGCUCGCUCACUGCCAGAGGUCUCGAAGGGCGAGGUGUGCGAACCUUGCUCGCUUCAGGUGGCAAUGCAAGCCGUCCCAGCGAAGAGCUGUACCACGCCCAGGACGUCAGAUUCGAUACACGCUGGAUUGACGACUAUGCGCCCAAGCUUCUCAAGACACGAGAUGGCAAGAUACAUCUUGAUACGCCAUUCUCGCGUCUGUUGAGCAAGCCACCCCUCAUGGUCGCUGGCAUGACGCCCUCCACCGUCAAAGCGGGCUUCAACGCAGCCACUAUGAAUGCUGGCUAUCACAUCGAGCUCGCUGGCGGAGGACACUACAACGAAGCCAUGCUCAGAGCCAAAGUUGCAGAGAUUUCGUCUAAGCUCGAUGUGCCCGGACUGGGCAUCACACUCAACUCGCUCUACAUCAAUCCUCGCGCAUGGACGCUUCAGUUCCCUCUGUGGUGUCAGAUGAGAAAAGAAGGUCUCCCUGUCGAAGGCCUCACUGUCGCUGCUGGUAUUCCCUCGACGGAGAAGGCGGCAGAGAUCAUUCAUGCGCUUCGCGAAGCGGGCAUCAAGCAUGUCAGCUUCAAGCCUGGUUCCUCAGACGGUAUCCGCCAAGUCAUCAACAUCGCCGCCGCGAAUCCUGAUUAUCCCAUCAUCAUGCAAUGGACUGGAGGCAGAGCCGGAGGACAUCAUUCGCCAGAAGACUUCCACGAUCCGAUUAUCCGCUCAUACGGUUCGAUCCGUGCUCAUAAGAAUCUCAUCCUUGUCGGCGGCUCUGGCUUUGGUAGUGCAGAGCAAAUCUGGCCCUAUCUCAGCGGCGAUUGGAGUCAAGAGUACGGCGUCGAGCCAAUGCCGUACGAUGGCUUCCUCUUUGCUUCCUGGAUGAUGGUCGCACUCGAGGCGCACACAUCAGACAGCGUCAAGCAGCUUAUCUUGGACGCACCCGGUGUCGACGACGAUAAAUGGGAGGGUACAUACGACAGACCAACCGGAGGCAUCCUCACUGUUCGUUCAGAGCUGGGCGAGCCCAUCCACAAGAUUGCAACGCGUGGAGUCAAGCUCUGGCGAAAAUACGACGACACAGUCUUUGGUCUGCCGAAGGAGAAGCGCGUGGCUUGGCUAUUGGAGCACAAGGCCGAAGUUAUCGCUGCACUCAACGCCGAUUUUCAGAAGCCAUGGUUCCCUGCGAAAGCCGAUGGCACGCCCUGCGAUCUGGGCGACAUGACGUACGAGGAAGUGUUGCGCCGCAUGACUCGACUACUUUACGUUGCUCACCAGAAGCGAUGGAUUGACAAAUCCCACCAGCGUCUGGUUGGCGACUGGAUCCGACGCACAGAGGAGCGUCUAUCGGAGGUCAACGGUGGUGGAGCGAAGAUUUCUGCGCUUCAAAGCUACUCGGAGCUCGACGAGCCAGAAGUGUUCCUCGACAAGUUCCUCAAGAAGUACUCGUCAGCCCAGCAGAUUGUGCUCGCAUCAGAAGACGUCAAGUACUUCGUCCAAGCAGCUCAAAGACCUGGCCAAAAGCCGGUGCCCUUCAUCCCUGUGCUAGACAGCUCUUUCGAAGUAUGGUUCAAGAAGGACAGUCUGUGGCAAGCCGAGGACAUCGACGCCGUCUUUGAUCAAGAUCCCCAGCGCGUCUGUAUCCUUCAAGGUCCAGUGGCCGCCAAGUACUGCACCAAGAUCAACGAGCCUGUCAAGACAAUGCUUGGUGAUAUCGAACGCAGCCUCACGGCCAGCGUGAUCGAGCGCUUCUAUGCGGGCGAUGAGAGCAAGAUCCCUGUCGUGGAUUACAUCGCCGCCGCACCUGCGCUUGCGUCCAAAGUCGAAACGUAUGCGGAAGCGCACGGUAUCAGACAUCGCGUCACAUCGAACGCCGAUGGAACGACAGUGCAUGACUUCGAUAUCACUCAGGAUCUACCUCCGCAGGAAGAGUGGCUCGGUGCACUCGCAGGACAGAGCGCUAGCUGGCUACGCGUCGCUCUGACAUCUCAACACAUCGUGCAGGGCCGGAGAUCUAUCACGAAUCCAAUCUCGAGAGUAUUCGUACCUCGGAAGGAUCAACGCGUGCGACUUGUUGUCUCUGCGAACGGCCGACCAUGCUCUGUCAAGCUCUUCGGCGCCAUUCGAACCUGA